AUGUGGGCUGUUAUCACAAUUUUCUUUUUAAUUUUCUACCUUUUCAAACCAACUUUCCAGCGAUCGCCGUCGUAUCCUCCAGGCCCACCGCUGUUGCCCCUAGUUGGGAAUAUAAUAUCCGUUUGGUAUUAUCAUAAGAAACUGAAAUACCGUCAUAAGGUAUGGCAAAAAUGGUCGCGGAAUUAUGGAGAUUUAUUGGGUUUGAAACUCGGAUUCAUUAACGUCGUGGUGGUAUCAGGGAAAGACUACAUAAAGGAGGUGUCUUCUAGAGAAGUCUUUGAAGGAAGACCAGACGGCUUUUUCUAUUUAAUGAGGUCAUUUGGGAAAAAACUGGGAAUAGUGUUCUCCGACGGACCAUUUUGGAAUAAAACUAGACGCGCGGUGUUGCGGUAUUUAAAAAAUUACGGGUACGGUUCGAAAGCAAUGGAGGCGCAUAUAAGCGAGGAAUGCCAGGCUCUAGUAACACUACUCGAUAACAAGAAGGGUAAAGCAGUAUGCGUUAAUAGAUUAUUUGACGUAUGCGUCGUUAAUAUUGUAUGGCGACUGGUCGCGGGUAAAAGAUACGAUCUUAUGGAUGAACGUCUAAAAAAAUUAUGCAAUGUGAUAACAAAAUCUUUCAAAAUCGUUGACAUGAGCGGGGGUCUGUUAAAUUUUCUACCAUUCCUGAGGUAUAUUAUGCCAGAUUACAUAGGGUACACUGAAUUGAAGAAUCUAAAUGAUUCCAUUCACGCUUUUCUAAAGGAGACGAUAGAAGACCACCGGACACAGCUUGAUGUUAAAAACCCAAAAGAUGUCAUUGAUGCUCUCCUUAUCGAAAUGAACAAUCAGGAAGAUAAAACAUUGUCCGAUGAGGAACUACAAGUACUCUGCCUCGAUUUACUCCAGGCGGGCGUUGAAACGGUCAGCAACACUGCUGUAUUUUUACUGUUAUAUGUGGUGAGGAAUCAAGCAGUGCAGGGUCGCUUGCACAUGGAGAUAGACAAACAAAUCGGUCGUUGCCGACCUCCAAAGCUCAGCGACCGAGCUAGUCUCAUAUACACAGAAGCGGUAUUGUUAGAAACGUUACGUAUCUCGACCAUUGCUGCGAUGGGUAUUCCGCAUAUGGCUCUUGCCAACGCUAAACUUGGCAAAUAUAUAAUACCUAAGGGAACAUUUCUGCUGCUUGCAUUUCACGAUCUUCACAAUGGAAGCCAUUGGAAGGAUCCAACUAUAUUUCGUCCAGAGCGUUUUCUUACAAAGGAGGGAAAUUUGAUUCAAGAUGAAUGGCUAUUGCCUUUUGGAACAGGAAGAAGACGGUGCAUUGGGGAAGGACUAGCGCGUUGCGAGCUGUUUCUGUUCUUAACACAUAUCCUGCAGAAAUUUCGGCUAAAAAUCCCAGAUGGUCAGCCGACGCCUUCCGAAGAUCCUGUUGAGGGUGUCACACUCUCUGCCAAAGAAUUUAGUAUAAUUUUUGAGCCAAGCUUCAUAAUGGCGGUUGACUACUUUCAGCAUCACUACCCAAAUACUACAAUAAUGUUUGACAUGUCGACUGUGUACAUAGCAUCAGCAUGUGUGGCUGUCGUCAUCAAUAACCUUUUGCUGGACCUGUUUACCUACAACACCAGAAUUACAUUCGGUAUAUUGCUGUCAUUAGCAACAAUGUUGUUUGUAGCAAUAUGCAAUAUUGGAUGGGAUGGUUUUUCAACGAAUGUCUCGUAUACAAUUAAUCUGGUCGCCAUCGGAGUUGUUGCUUUCGGUUGUACUAUACAACAGGCAUCUUAUUACGGAUUCACUGGUUGCCUUCCACCGAGGUACACGCAAGCUGUUAUGGCGGGAGAAAGCGCUGCCGGUUUCUGGGUGUCACUGGACCGAAUAGUCACGAAAUACGGGUUUAGACAGCCACGCAGGAGCACGUUCAUGUUCUUCGUCUUCUCUAUACUUAUCCUGCUGGGUCAUUCGAUGCUGCACCAUGUGAUGAUGCGACAUCCACUCGUUCAGUAUUACCUCAAGCUGACCAAUGAGUCACGACACAAAAGGCGUAUUCAACUACACUUAAAUCCUAACGAAGAUGCCACGUUGAUGGAGAGUGAAGCGGGUGAAAGUACUUUUGGCGUGUUGAAGUUGCAAAGUCCCGCGCUAUCCAACACUGGGACGGUGGACGGGGAAAACGCGUUCAGCUUCGCAAAUCCCGUGUACUCUCCGACGGCAACCAUACCAGUCACAGCCGCUCCACUGGCAUCACCACCGCCCAGCGUAUCUGAGCCAUCGGCAUCGCCCUCAGCAGUCCUGCGCACACCAAGGCCCUCUUACAAAGUGGAAGAUGUCGUCUUUGAACCACCCGAGAGACCAACGUCGUGGAGAAGCUUCAAACGCGGUGUAUUAGCAAGAUGGGCGGUAGCGCGCGCAAUAUACCCCUACAUGGUUUCAAUCGGACUGGUAUACUUUACAACACUGAGCCUCUACCCUGGUAUUGCCUCUGAGGUGCCUUCCUGUCGCCUCGGAUCUUGGAUGCCUAUUAUACUCAUGUCUGCAUUCAACUUCUUCGAUUUUAUUGGGAAGAUAGCCGCUGCUUGGCCUUAUGAAUGGAGCCGCAGUCAGCUUCUGAUGGCGAGUGGACUUCGGUUGCUAUUAGUACCUCUAUUACUGCUAUGUGCCGCACCACGACAUUCUCCACAUAUUGUUGGUGACAUGUACCCCAUUAUGUUCUCUGUAGUCCUUGGGUUCACCAACGGCCUGUUUGGCUCUGUACCUAUGAUUCUAGCGCCAUCUCGUGUUGGUCGUGAGCAUCGGGAAAUAGCAGGCAACAUGAUGACGCUCUCUUACAAUGGUGGGCUCUUGUCUGGUUCGUUGGUCUCGUAUCUGCUAUUGAGCAUGUUGGGGCCGCCAGCCGGGGCACCGUGCCGGAUAUACCCCACUCCACUGCUGCCGACAAUUCCCCCAGUCACCACCAGCGCCCCCAACAUAACAUACAUCAUGUCCGCCUUACAC